CGGUCUCCAGAACCUCUACUGUCAGCUAGCUGUGUUCUCUCUGCUAGGGAGUCAACACUGAACCUGACCAUUAGACCUCUCUAAGGCAGCUUGUGAUCUUUUCACUGCACUGGCAUUUGCCACUAGCCUUUUGGAGCAUCUUUAGCAACCAUGAUCAUCACCAUAUCUUUGAUUUGGGCAGUGGUGAUUGGCUUUUGCUGCUGUCUGUGGCUUGCUCUGGGGAUCCGCAAGAGGUAAGCAGAGACCCAUGCAUUGUAUAGUAAAAUGCCUUUACGUGUAACAUUUUAAAAGAUAAGAAAUCAAAUGUGGAAUGUAGACAAUAACAUCAUAUAAUGGAACUCAUUGUAAUAAUAAUAAUGUAAGGAUUUGGGAGAUGUAGAAUGUGGGUUAUGUAGUUAUAUUCCUUUUAAGAAAACUAGAGAGCAGCUGACUUUUAAUUGUUUUCUUUCUUGGAGGUUAUAUGGUUUUAUUUGUGUCACCUGUCAUUGCUCUUAAAACUCAGAUUGCUUUCAAGUUUUGUUCACUGUGGUAGGUUUUUCAUUUUUAUUGAGACUAGUGUUGUUCACAUGUCAAAAAAUCCGGAGAUAAAUCAGCGUCUUUGACAUGUGGUACUUUAAAACCAGAUAGUUAUGUAUAAGUGGUAAUGUUAUUCUUAGAUUGCUGCAGUGUCAUUGGGUUUCACUCUGCUGGAUGUGAUUCAUUACUUUCAAAGUUGUUUGAAUUGACCUUGUAGUUUGAGUACAUCUUGUUUUAGCACACACUUAUUUAUGCAUUACUAUGUUGUUGUUUGGGUUACUUUGUUGCUGUUUAAGUCAAGUGUUUUAACAUCUCUUACUGUAUGUCUAAACAUCACCUUUGUGUUUCAUAUGUACAGCUAUCUCUGUUGGCUUGUUUGGGCAUUGCUUUAUCGUUGUUAUUAUGUUAAAUGUGUGUUGUUGCUCUUCCAGACAACCAGGUGAGCCUCCAGUGGAGAAUGGUUUGAUCCCGUACCUCGGCUGUGCCCUCCAGUUUGGAGCCAACCCCCUGGAGUUUCUCCGGAGCCGACAGAAGAAAUAUGGCCACAUCUUCACUUGCAAGAUCGCUGGCAAAUACUUUCACUUCCUGUGUGACCCUUUCUCCUACCAUGCCGUCAUCCGCCAAGGCAGGCAUCUGGACUGGAAGAAGUUCCACUUCUCUACCUCGGUCAAGGUAAGGACAAACCUACCUAUGAAUUGUUGUUCAACUAAACAUUUGCUGAUAAUGAGUUCAUAUAUCUAUCUCUGUCAAUCCAGACUUUCAAGAGUAUUAAAUUAAACCUCUCUCUGUCUCCCCCCAGGCGUUCGGCCAUGACAGCAUGGACCCCAGACACGGCUACACCACAGAGAACCUCCACCAGACCUUCUUGAAGACCCUGCAGGGCGAAGCCCUCCCCUCACUCAUUGAGACCAUGAUGGAGAACCUACAGUCGGUCAUGCUGCAGUCCGACACCCUCAGCCCCAGCAAGGACCGCUGGGACGUGGACGGCAUCUUCGCCUUCUGCUACAAGGUCAUGUUCGAGUCCGGCUACCUGACGCUCUUCGGCAAGGAUCUGGGCAAUGACAAGAAUGCUGCGCGCCAGGAGGCCCAGAAGGCUUUGGUGCUCAAUGCUCUGGCGAACUUCAAGGAGUUCGACAAGAUCUUCCCGGCUCUGGUGGCCGGCUUGCCCAUCCACGUGUUCAAGAGCGCCCACUCUGCCAGGGAGAACCUGGCUAAGACCAUGCUGGCCGAGAACUUGAGCAAACGCGAGAACGUAUCAGACCUGAUCUCGUUGCGCAUGCUUCUAAAUGACACGCUGUCCACCUUCAACGACCUGAGCAAGGCCCGCACCCAUGUGGCUCUGCUGUGGGCCUCGCAGGCCAACACACUUCCUGCUACUUUCUGGAGCCUGCUCUACAUGAUCAGGUAUGUAGGGCUUAGGCUCAUUCCCAUCCUUAGUGUCUCCUCUAUAGACUUGUGUCAUAAGUUUGGCCAAGCUCACUCAAUGUGAGACUAGUUAGGACAGACUAGGUAGGCCAGAAAGUGUUACAAAGAGUUUAGUCUCUGUUAACCCAGAAGUAAAAUCUUGCGUAAUGUGGUCAGCUGCGUGAUUAACUUCUGUGUUCGUACGUGUUGAACACCCCCACCGGCUUCGCCCAAUGCUGAUACAUAACAAGUAAAAAAAUAUAUGUACUAAUGCUGCUCGGAUAUCACAUUCAGUCCUGGCAGAUUAUCUCGAUCUACACGCAGAAUCUUCCCACGGGAGAUUACAAAGAGUUGAACUGAACAGAACAGUUAGUCCCGAAGAGAAUACACAGAACAGUGCACACAGACACGGCAGUACAGUACAGGGCAUCUGAGGAUGUUCACUGCCAAGAUAGCUGUUACAACAAGCUAUCUUGUUCUAACUGCUGAAUAUAGAAACUGUGCUCAUUGCGGUGGAGUUAAGGCCAGAGUAAUGUAUUUUGUAACAGUCCUGUACAGUACAUCGGAAUCUCAACAAUGCUCUGACUGCGACUUAGCACUGGCUCACAGUAACUCUUGUGAUAACAGAGGUGUCAAGAACCACUGAUUAAAUACAGUUGGAGAAACAUAGCAUUCCCUUUAUGUCAUAGAGCUGCAUAGAACAAACCUUAUCCACCUCUACCAAAGUGCACGUUGAGAAUAUUGUGAUUCAUCAAUCUGUAUAGUCUGAACUUGAUGGUUUUACUGACCCUCUAUCUUGUCUUGUCUUCAGGAGUCCAGAGGCUAUGAAGGCAGCCAAUGAGGAGGUGAAGAAGAUUCUGGAGAGUUCAGGUCAGCAUGUCGACCCUAGCAAACCACAACUCACUCUCUCCCGGGAGGACCUGGACAACAUGCCUGUAAUAGGUAAGGGGAAGUUGCAAUAUACCUGGUGAAAUAAAGCCAAAAUCAUCUAAUAAAUAUUGUAACUAAAUCAUGUUUGAUACCAAAGUCAAGCUAUCCAGUGAAAAUGUGAUUAUAAAGAGUAAUGUCUUCUUGCCCUGCAGACAGCAUCAUCAAAGAGGCCAUGCGACUGUCAAGUGCGUCAAUGAACGUCCGAGUGGCUAAAGAGGACUUCCUGCUUCACCUUGACAACCAGGAGUCGUACCGCAUCCGCAAAGAUGACGUCAUCGCCCUCUACCCCCAGAUGCUCCACUUUGACCCCGAAAUUUACGAGGACCCCUUGGUGAGUGAUGCUCAGGCUCUUUCCUUUAAAGAUGAAGGGGGUCUAGUAUGAAGGCCUCAUAACUAGGGCCAGUUUUACUUGACAGUACAUUUUCCUAAUACUCCUCUUUCUGUGAAUCCAUAGACCUACAAAUACGACAGAUAUCUGGAUGACAGCGGCCAAGAGAAGACAACGUUCUACAGGGAGGGGCGCAAACUGCGGUACUAUUACAUGCCUUUCGGCUCAGGGGUGACAAAGUGCCCCGGGCGCUUCUUUGCAGUGCACGAGAUCAAGCAGUUCCUUGCGCUGGUGCUCUCCUACUUCGACAUGGAGCUCCUAGACUCAGCCGUUAAAGUGCCUCCUCUCGACCAAUCACGUGCAGGCCUGGGGAUCCUGCAGCCCACCUAUGAUAUUGACUUUAGAUACAAACUGAAAACUCAGUAAGACAGACUCCACUGAUCUACUUUCUCCAUAAUGUGAAUUGUAUAUAUUGUAUAUUUAAGAAUUUAAGCCACAAUGAUCCCACUGGGCACACACUGGUUGA